AUGGCAGACCGCCUGCACUCCCGUGAAGGGUCUGACACAUCUCUCAACGAAGCAAACAUCGCCUCACCGCGAUCCAGUACCGAAUCCCGCUCUCCCUCCGCACGAAACACACUCCGCAUUUCGCAAAUGACUACCCCGACCCACCAGCACAGGCAAAGCCUGAGCGAGACACUUCGCGGUCCGCCAGGCUCACCGCGUUCUCGCCGACAGCCUUCUCUUCCCCAGUCCGCCAUCCAGAGCCUCAUCGAUAACCCCCCGCCACCCAAGCCCACCGACCCUGCUUUCAUUGGUCGUGACUGGAGAGAUAUAUCAAUUGGCGAGCUGGUCAACUCCGAGGAAUUGAAAUUUGUGGAGCUUGAUACUGGGAUCGAAGAGGCAACCAAUAUCCUGAUUGAUUCGGAGGCACCAGUACUACUUAUUCGGGAGUCCGUGGAUACUACCUCUGUGGUUGCUACAUUCGAUUAUGCCGACUUGAACUCCUACCUCCUGCUCGCGGCGGGUCUCACGUCGCCCGACGAGGAACACCAAGCGUCCUAUGAGGAACUGGCAAACAAAGCCCAAAAUGGAAUACCGAUUCCGCUGCGAGAUGUCAAGAAGUUUGGCAUGGAAAAAGAGCCGCUCAUAAACUUGCCAGCCUCAGCCAAUCUCAUGACUGCUGUUGAGACUUUCGGUGGAGGGGUUCACCGCGUGGUGGUGGUUGAUGAGACCAAUAAUGACAAGGUGGUUGGAAUAUUCAGUCAGUUCCGGCUGGUCAAGUUCCUCUGGGAAUAUGGUCGAAGCUUUCCUCUCAUUGAAGAGCUCCAUCCACAGGCAAUCAGUGAUCUGCGACUUGGAUCUACUGCUGUGAUAUCUAUCAAUGGUGACAAGCCUUUAUCAGAAGCUUUACACUUGAUGAACAACGAGGGUAUAUCAUCGAUCGUUGUCGUUGAUGGCUACAUGAAUGUGCUUGGCAACAUAUCUACCGCCGAUGUCAAGCUCCUUACUCGAUCUUCCUCACUCCCUCUUUUACAAAACACCUGCACUCACUUCAUCUCCGUCAUUCUGUCUACUCGCGGCUUGAUGGAGGGCAAAGACUCAUUCCCUGUCUUCCACGUCAACCCGGGAUCGACCUUGGCACAUACAGUUGCAAAAAUCGUGGCCACUCGAUCACAUCGACUUUGGGUGACUGAUCCAGUAUCUCCAGCCUCGUCUGGACCACCAACCCCAUCACACUCUUCAGUGCACAUUCCUCUAUCCAGCAGCGCCGGUCAGGCACCAGCGGCAGCACACACCGCGGGCUCACCGCCACCAUCUCCUCUUCCAACGCCCACUGCACAGCCUACUCAUCACAUAUCCCCCUACCUAGCAGCCCCUGUGACACCCUACAAAGCCCCAUCGACAGGCUCCAUCUCAUCAGGCGUGCCUGUCCCGCCAAGCCUCUCACAUUCCAUUCCAUCAGCGGCGCUUGACGGGGCACGGUUGUCAGGCCGUCUUGUGGGAGUCAUCAGCCUGACUGACAUUCUGAAUCUACACGCCCGCGCAACUGGGCUCAAUCCCAACGACCCCGCUGAGUCCCGUAGCCGCCGCCGACGCAGUAGCUCAUCGAGCCAGAACGUUCGACGUAGCGGUGAUAUUGGCCGGGAGCUAUUCAGUCGGGGCCUGUAA